AUGGGGUUUGUGGCGCAGGACGACAUCAUCUCGCCGCUGUCGACGCCGUACGACGCGCUGUGGUUCUCGCUGCGCACGCGGCGCGGGACGAGCCGUGCGGAGACGGAGGAGCGUGUGCAGGAGAUGCUGAACGUCCUGCGGUUGCAGCACUGCCGCGACACGAAGGUCGGCAUUCCCGGCCUGGAGUCUGGGCUGUCUGGUGGGGAGCGCAAGCGGUGCAGCAUCGGGAUCGAGCUGAUCUGCGACCUGAAGAUCCUGCUGCUUGAUGAGCCGACGUCUGGGCUGGACUCCGUGACGUCUGCGAAGGUGGUGCACCUGCUGCGCCAGCUGUCGCGGACGGGCCGCACUGUGAUCUACACGAUCCAUCAGCCGACUGCGGAGGUGCUGUCGUACUUCGACGACGUGAUGCUGAUGACGCAGGGCCGCAUUGCGUACCACGGGACGAUGGCUGCGUCGCUGGACUACUUCGAGUCCAUCGGGUUCUCGUGCCCGAGCAAGUACACGCCGACGGACUACUACAUGGUGUUGCUGCAGGACAGCGUGACGAGCAAGGUCCUGAUCAAGCGUUGGCGCAAGUACCUGAAGAACGGACCUCGCACGCCGCACACUGCCGCUGUGCGCCUCGCGAAGAGCCGCGGUGAGUCGUCUGCUGCGCGGUUCCUGGAUGCAUACAUUGCGAAGUUCGGCAGCUCGCCGGCUGUGCAGUUGUACGAGCUGACGCGGCGCACGAUGACGGAGAUCUCGCGCGACUACCUGUAUCUGUUCUCGUACAUGGCGCAGGCGAUCUUCUUCGCCAUCGUUGUAGGCCUGAUCUUCAUCGUUUUUUCGUGUGUUCACGUAGACAGCGCCCCCUCUUUCUUUUCCAUUCUUCCCCUCACGCUGUCUGUGUGGGCUGUUUGGUGCGGCGUAUCUCUCGAUCGCUGUUUAUCUGUGUUAUCGGUUCGGUGUCCCUUGCGCAUUACAGCGUGCGCGUCUCUCUCUCGUUACCUGCACUCCUACAUGAGCGGGAAGUGCACGGGGUCCAGCACGGCACCAUGUGGACUCGCUGUUAUGUGGUGGAGGGAAGUGUGCCGGCGUGCGCUUCUGUGA